GAUCUCUUCCAUGUUGUUUGAAGUUUGAAUGAGCUAAAGUAAGGUACAUUAUGAAUGCGAACAAGGGACCGAUUGAACAAAAUUAUCGUCCUGUUGUCCACGUGCCAAAAGUGGACAAAAGUACCGGACAACCAAUCCCUCAGUGGAAACAGCAGUUGAUCAUGACGAAAAUGUCCAAAAAGAUGGAAGAAGAGCAGCUUUCAAAGAACGAGGUGAAUGGAAACAAUAAUGGACUACCUGAAUGGAAGAAAGAGGUUCUUGCCAAGCGUGAACAGAAACUAAUGACCUCCGAAGAUCCAAUAUUAGUUAGAAAGAGGAAAAUUAAGUCAUUACGAGAAGAACAAGAAUCGCCAAACGUCCCACCGUGGAAGAAAGAACUCAUUAGAAAGAAGAUUGACCAUAUAAAAGAAGAAAUAGAAAAUCUGGAAAGACAACAGAUGAAUGGGCAAUGAAAGUAAAAGUAACUGGGAGGUUUCUAAAAGAGAAACGAAAAAGAUGUGCUUAAUUUUGCUGAAAUUACAAUUACAACUUUAGUGAUAACAGAACAGCGCAAAACGAAAAUUUAGUAAUUGAGUUUUCCAAUUUCCAACAGAGUUUGUUUGACAUGCAAUUUUCUUAUAGACACUACAUAUAACUCGCCGUUCACCAUAGUGCAAAACAGAGUAAUUACCUAGUUGACGAUUGCAAUUCAAAUAAUUUAAUUUUGCUACACGUGGAGAGUUUCUCAAAUAGCUUAUGUAGUAUUUAAAUUAACAACUACUUUUUCAUAUGAAACAUAGAUUUAGUUUGAAUUUUAAUCUCUCUUUACAUAUAUCAAGGGAAUAUGUGCUAUGAACUAUGAAUAAUGAAGCAUAUCUCUUGUCACUCAUGAUCGAAACAUUCAGAGGGACAAGCAAAAAAUGGCUCAUUAGAGAAAAAGCUCUUUAUCGUGCUUUCUAGUACAUGCUAUUAGUUAAAUAACGUUGCAGAAGUUUUUAUUAUUGAAAAAGGCAUUUUUUAUUUAUUUUCGCCAUUUCACCAUCUUUGCUAUAGAAUCAACUAAGCUGAAAUAACAAGUACGUUAAUAUAUUGACUAGGCCUGUUUGUUGAACAACAAACCUACAAUAAAUGCCAAAAGUACUUGAAAUACCCAGCAAUUUGCGUUCUGUUUUUAUGUUUUUUCAAUUUUUUUUCCUGAUUCUCCUAUUUGCGCACCCCCUU